AUAGCAUCUUACACACAACACAGUCACAAACACUUGCAUGAUUGUAUAUUUGUAGUGUCUGUAAAAUAGUCAAACUGUUAUUGUAGUGAAAAUGCAUCAAAUGGGCUUCGAAAAGUUCGAAAUGCCAAAGCAUGGCUACGACCAGAUGGAUGGCAACGGAAAGGGCCCAGGUGGCGGCGGCGGUGAUGGUGCUAACGGUGACUACGGAGUGGACGACGGUGGCGCCGAUUCACCGAUGUCGUUUGACGAAAUCGAACGGCCACCACUGCGACACAUAGACAAGUACGUGAAGGCACAGUGUCCCUGCAUUAAAACUACCCGCUUCACGAUCGCCCUGAUGACCUGUCUGGGGUUCAUCAUUUCCUUCGGCAUGCGCUGCAACAUGGGCAUGGCCAAGCUCCAGUUUGAAAAUGCGACCGUCAAAUACAACUGGACCGUUGCCAUGGAGAGUGCAAUCGACUCAUCCUUCUUCUGGGGCUACCUGGUCACACAGGUGCCCGGUGGUUUCCUAGCAUCCAUGUACCCUGCGAAUCGAAUCUUCGGAACGGCAAUCGCCUGCUCGUCUUUCCUGAACCUGCUGGUACCAGGUGCAAUGGCACUCGAUCCGAUUGCCCUAAUCAUGGUCCGUGUACUGCAGGGUCUGGUGGAGGGUGUGACGUAUCCUGCCUGUCACGGUAUCUGGCGCUUCUGGGCUCCCCCACUGGAGCGGUCCCGACUGGCAACGAUGGCCUUCAGCGGUUCGUACGCAGGUGUGGUGAUAGGUAUGCCAAUGUCCGGUAUCCUGGCUGGGUGGAUCAGUUGGCAUGCUCCGUUCUUCUUCUACGGGCUGUGCGGUUUGUCGUGGUACUGCUUUUGGCUGUGGUUGUCGUUCGAGAAACCGCGGCAACAUCCAAACAUCUCCAUAAAGGAACUGAAAUACAUCGAAAAAUCGCUAGGAGAAUCGGUGUCACUGCCGAUGCCGAAGAUUUCCACCACUCCCUGGCGAGCGAUGGCCACAUCGAUGCCGGUCUACGCCAUCAUUGUGGCCAACUUUUGCCGCUCGUGGAACUUUUACCUACUGGUACUGUACCAAAGUGCAUAUCUUAAGCAUUCGUUUCAAUUCAAAAUUGAAGAGACUGGUAUUUUAGGAGCACUGCCACAUCUACUGAUGACAAUUAUUGUACCGUUUGGAGGAAUGCUUGCCGAUUACCUGCGGAAAUCGGGAAUUAUGACGACAACCAACGUGAGGAAAUUGUUCAACUGUGGAGGCUUUGGGUUGGAAGGAUUCUUCUUCCUGGUAGUGGCACAUUCGACUAGUCCGAUGGCAGCCGUGACGGCACUAACGUUAGGUGUAGCCUUCAGUGGGUUCGCCAUCUCCGGCUACAACGUGAACCAUCUGGAUAUUGCACCUCGCUACGCCAGUAUACUGAUGGGAAUAUCCAACGGCAUCGGCACCAUCGCCGGUCUUAUAUGUCCUAUAGCGAUCGAUCAUUUAACGAGGGGACAGCCCAAAUCCUGCUGGUCGACGGUGUUUAUGAUAGCAGCCUCGGUACAUAUGGUGGGUAUCACCUUCUACGGAAUAUUUGCCUCCGGAGAGCUGCAACCGUGGGCAGAACCGACGAUCGAAGAGCAGAAAGCCUGGGAUCCGGUAGCCUCGGGGUACGAAAAGGAAACGACAUUCAACGAUCCCUCUGGCGGCGGAGGAGCAGCAGUUGGAGCACUAGGUCCAGCAGCCGCCAUGGAUCCUUCGGCACAAAUCAACAGCACCAAAACCGUAAGCUACGGUGCCGUAUCGCACGUGGCUGGCAAUCCGUUUGCCUAUCCCAAUGUGAUUAGCGAAGAACCGGUGCAACCGGAAGCCAAGGACUCCUACUUACACGGCAAUCCGGCCGAGCGUUCGUAUUGACCUGCUCGAUUCAAGAAAACCGUAACGUUCAGUUUGAAUUAGGUAGUGUCGAUAGGAUCUUGCGAACACAUCAGAGCGACGCAACGCAAUCCAAGUUUUGCUUCGUUUAUUGUGAUCUUAGGUAGAAUACCGUUUCCGUACAAGUUUCACUGUGGAACGAAUUAUCUGUGUUAAAAAAUAUCGACGAAGGUGGGAUGGGCGUCGAAUUAAAAUAGCAACAAAAGUGAACUGUUCAGUAUUUCAUGGUAAAAUAUCAAAACAUAACUCUAUUUCAGGUGAUGGCUCGACUAAUAUCGUGGAAAGAAUGGAAAAAUUAACCCUGCUUAAGCAAUUACAAUUUAGAUAGUACUAACAAAUACUUGAGCAACUGAUGGUGUAAGAUCAAGAUUAUUUUAGUGAAACCAGAACUAUAUUCAAAUCAAUCAAUUCAAAUCGGUUACUUGAAAAUAAAAUUGUAAAUAUUACUGUGAAAUAAGAAUAUGGCGAAGCUUGUUAAGCAUUAUAGCGCAGAGCAUUUGUUAAUCCAAAGCACGAGUAAUGCUUGUAUUAGGCGAGAAUAUAUAUUAAUCAUUACCAAUGAUAGGGUUAAGUUAGUGUACAAUAGUCCGGUGUUCUAGUUUUAACCGUCAUAGCAUCCCAUUACUUCCACAAAUCGAAAGGUGAAGAUCCGGAAGAGUAAGUAAUGUCUAUUGUAACUCAAGAAAGUAUGCUUUCGGUUUUGUAAAAUACGCGAAUUUCUUUCAACUAAAAGAGUCAAUUUUACACUUGUACACUGUAGAAACAUAGCUAUCGAUAAUGACGGAAGGAAAUGGUAGGUAUGAAGCAGCCGGAACCGACAGCCUGUACUGCACAAUUGUACUGAAAAUUUAAUCCUGAUGAAUGUUGGUGAAUGAUAGCGUCUAUAAUGGAAAAUCCUGUAGAACGGGAGCGAGAAGUAGUAGUAAUUUCCAUUUAAUUCCACUGCCUUAAUUAAGGUAAUGGGAUUAAAUAAAAAAAACUACCAAUCCUUCCCUCCUUCUUUAUCAAGGUAAAUUUAGUUUAUGGUUAAGAGCUGAGGGGUUCAGAUGAUGAUUCAUUUUAAAAGCUGCAGUAUUUGUAACGGAAUUUUUUACAAUUAAUAACUGUUGAACUGUUUUUAAUAUGUUUUUUUUUUCCUUUCUUCAUAAUACGUUUAAGAAGUGCACAAUUUAUUGAUAUUUUUAGAUGAAAUCACAAUUUUGAUGAAUAAUCCAAAAAUAUAUUCUGUGAAAAUGAAGAAAUCUUCAUUAAUUUUUCAUCAAUGACAAAGAAUCACUUGGUAACAAGAAUUGUAAUUUUGUGCUUUCUCUUCACAUUGUUGUUAUCUAGGCAGUUGCGAACGUAGCUGCUACACUGCAAAAUAUUCCGAAUUUUAAUUGUGAUGUGAAACAUUCAUUCUGAAAAGCUUGUAUUUAAUUUCAUGCAAACGAGCAUCUUGUAAGCAAUGUUGUUUACAAAGAUAGGCUUUUGAAUACAGAAUUUGCAAAAUUUCAUGAAAUGUCACACGAUUUAUAAUGUAUACUUAUAUGUGCAUACACUGCCUAAUUGAU